UUCGUGUGAAGCAUGUAGUUUUGUAAACAGAGUUAGUGGGGAGUAUAUUCAGAGUAACAAAUGUUUGGGGGUUUUCUCUUGUUGUACUCGGUUUAUUCUUGAGUUAGCUGCGACGUAAGAGAGAGUGCCCCACAUGGGCAUCAGAGGUUCUCACUCAAAUCCCAGUUCCGCCACAUAUGAGCCGUGUGAUACUCGAAGGCCGUUCUCUCAGUGUCUUCCUUUUCGUUUGAAAAAUGAAAAAAUGAAUUUCUACCUUGCACUGGUUUGGGUGGAGGGUGGGCUUUAAUGGGAAAAGGUAUGUACUGAAACAGAUAAAUUACAAGGUGCGUGAGUUAUGCUAGGUACUGUAUUUUAUGUUCAGAUAGGGGAAUUAUUACUAUGAUACAUUAAAAAGUUCAAAAGUCUUCCAUUUUCAAGGUCAAAGUCUUCUAAUAUUUCAAAAAAAUCAUUGCAGGACAUUUUUAUACUCAAGGCUUAGAAUACACUGACUCCCUCAGUACUUAAAUUUCCAACUUGCCAUCAGUCUGAGAAUCCAGAGUGCCUGGAAUACUUUUUAUCAAAUCAUUUACUUCAAUAUUUUUCAAUCCUGGCUUUAGAUUGGAAUCACAAGUGGUGUUUUGUUAAUUUUUUUUUUUAACCAGUACCUGGGCUUGACCCUAUGCCUGUUGAAUCCAAACCUCCAGGGUGGGGCCUUGUCUUUGGAAAGAAAGACAGCAACGCUAAAUGACAAUUUAUUUUUAUCUCUAUCAGUGAGCCAAAGUCUACUCAGAAAGAAUUACAGCAAAUCUAUCUGAUUGGUCACUUUAUUUGUAAGAAUCACAAGUUACGCAAUAGGGAGCAUAUAAAAUCUUCGGGUGGGAAGCCCAUAGUUGCCUGAGUAAGAAGAGAAGGCUCCAAUGGAUCCGUUUGUGAUUCUGGUGCUCUGUCUGUCCAGUUUGCUUCUCUUUUCACUCUGGAAACAGAGCUAUGGGAAAGGGAAGCUCCCGCCUGGCCCCACUCCUCUCCCGAUUAUUGGAAAUAUCCUACAGUUAGAUGUGAGGAACAUCAAGAAUUCCGUACACAAUCUCUCAAAAGCCUAUGGCCCAGUGUUCACUCUGUAUUUUGGCAUGAAGCCCAUAGUGAUGUUGCAUGGGUAUGAAGCAAUUAAGGAAGCCCUGAUUGAUAUGGGAGAAGAGUUUUCUGGAAGAGGUCAUUUCCCACUGUUUGAAAGAUCUAAGAAAGGAUUUGGGGUCACUUUCAGCAAUGGAAAGAUGUGGAAGGAGACCAGGCGCUUCUCACUCAUGACCCUGCGGAAUUUGGGGAUGGGGAAGAGGUGCCUUGAGGACCGAGUUCAGGAGGAAGCCAGCUGCCUAGUGGAGGAGUUGAGAAAAACGAAGGCCUUGCCCUGUGAUCCCACUUUCAUCACAGUUUAUGCUCCCUGCAAUGUGAUGUGCUCCAUUAUUUUCCAGAAUCGUUUUGAUUAUAAUGAUCAGAAUUUUCUUAAUUUGGUUAAAAAAUCAACUGAAAACGUCAAGAUUCUGAGCUCCCCUUGGAUUCAGGUCUGUAAUGCAUUCCCUUUGCUCAUUGAUUAUUUCCCAGGGAGUCAUAAGAAAUAUAUGAAUAAUGAAGCUUGUUUAAAAAGUUAUGUUUUGGAGAGAGUGAAAGAACACCAAGAAAGCUUGGACAUUAACAAUCCUCGGGACUUUAUUGAUUGUUUCCUGAUCAAAAUGGAACAGGAAAAGCAUAAUCAACGGUCUGAAUACAGUGCUGAAAAUUUGUUGAACACAGUACAUGAUCUGCUUGGAGCAGGGUCACAGACAACAAGCACCACCUUGAGAUACGGACUCCUGCUUCUGCUAAAGCACCCAGAGGUCACAGCUAAAGUCCAGGAGGAGAUUGACCAUGUGGUUGGCCGAAACCGGAGCCCCUGCAUGCAGGACAGGAGCAGCAUGCCCUACACGGAUGCCGUAGUGCACGAGAUCCAGAGAUACACUGACCUCUCCCCCAUGUCCCUGCCCCACAGGGUGACCCGUGACAUUAAAUUCAGGAACUGCCUCAUCCCCAAGGGCACAACCAUAUUAACUGCACUGUCUUCUGUGCUCCAUGACAACAAAGAAUUCCCUAACCCAGAGAUGUUUGACCCUGGGCACUUUCUGGAUGAGAGUGGCAACUUUAAGAAGAGUGAUUACUUCAUGCCUUUCUCAGCAGGUAAACGAAUGUGUCUGGGAGAAGGCUUGGCCCGCAUGGAGCUGUUUUUAUUCCUGACCACCAUUUUACAGAAAUUUACCUUGAAGCCUCUGGUUGACCCAAAACAUAUUGACACCACUCCAGUGGCCAAUGGCUUUGUCUCUGUGCCACCCUCGUAUCAGCUCUGCUUCAUUCCUAUCUGAAAAAGCCAUAUUGUCAUAGUGCUCCUCUCCUGUACUUGCAAAUCCCCUGCACUGGGGUGUCGUUAACUCCUUCCCAUUAG